AUGCCUGAAAUACUCGAUCUAAGGACUGCGGCUUUCGACUCGCGUUUCCCUAACCAGAACCAAACCCGCCACUGCUGGCAGAGCUACGCCGACUAUUACCGCUGCGUGAACGCAAAGGGCGAGGACUUUGAGCCGUGCAAGCAGUUCUUCUCGACCUUCCACUCUCUGUGCCCGAACGAAUGGAUCGAGAAGUGGGAUGAGCAGCGCGAGAAAGGCGCCUUCCCUGCGAAGCUCGAGUAA